CGCCGUCUUUCACCGAAACCCUUCUCAAAACCCGAGACCCGCCGGCGGCCGCCGUCCGUCCACGCGCAGCACCACCUCGCCAUGGCCCGGCGGCUGCUCCACCUCCGGCCCCGUCUCCAGGCGCUCGCGCCCCGCCUCGUUCCCUCGCGGCCGUACAUGGCCGACAUGCGCCGCUCCGCGUUCCUCGACCGCCUCCUCCGCUCCCUCCGCUCCGAGAUCUCCUCCUGCCGCCCCGAGCCCGCCCCGCAGGUGCCGCCCUCCGUCGCGCCGUUCGCCGUCGACGACCGUCCCGGCGAGCAGUAUAUCCGCCUGCGCCGCGCGUUCGGGGAGGAGGAGGUCAGGGUGGACGCCUCGAUGAUCGACGGCGCCGUGGCGCCCACCCGCUCGGGCGUGGCCGCGGAGGACGGCGGGCCACCGGCCAGGAUGCACAUCAGCGUCCACGUCGAGGUCACCAAGCCCGCGCGGCCUGACUUCGCGCUCAACUUCGAGUGCUCGGCUUGGCCUGAGGAGAUGGACGUGGAGAGGGUCUUCCCCGUCCGCCGCACUGGGCCAGCGCCGGAGCAGCAAUACAUUGGCCGCCAGUUCAGGGAGUUAGAUGAGGAGAUGCAAACUGCAGUGCGUGAUUACUUGGAGCAGAGAGGGGUGAAUGAUGAGCUAGCAGCUUUCCUGCACACUUACAUGGAAAACAAGGAGCAGACAGAGCUUGUAGGGUGGCUUAAACAUAUUGAGUGCUAUCUCAAGAAGUAGACGGCAAUUUGUAGGCACUUCGAGUUAGAUGGUUAUAACUGGUGAUUUACAUAUGUUAAAAUUGGGAUGUUGUCACAGCAUCAAAAAGUCCUUGCUCAUUCAGAAGUGGACAAUGUGAUCCAGGGAGGAUCCUCUUUGUCGACGGAAUUUCCAGAUAUUGAAUAUGUUGUAUCAUCACAGGGGCAUAUAUUCGAACGAACCAAGUUACUGCGA